AUGAGUAAAGAAGAGUUAGAAGGAAAGGAGCUAGAAAUAAUGUUACUGGAAGAAUCUUUAGAACAGAAGGACACCAUUCUGCAAGAUGCUCUUCAUCACUGGAAAGACACUGAAAAGUUGUUGGAAGGAGCAAAGGAAAAAGAGAAGGAGAUUGGAGGCUUCUCUAACGACCUUAGAAGAAGAGCUCAGAAGAGGAACCUUCAAAUCGAAGAGUUCCUCACAAAAGAAGAACAGUCAAGGACGAAGAAGAGGGAGAGGAAAAUCAAAGAAGAUUUAGAAGAACAGAGGAAUAAAAACCAUCUGUUAGCUAAAGAAAAGGAAGAAGAAGAGACUGAAAUAAGAAGGCAACAUCAGGAGAAACUGAGGCAAAAGGAAAAGGAAACAGAGAAGCAGCGUGAAUGCCUGGAGGAACUCCAGGAUAACUUGGAAAGCGCUCUGCGUCAAGACAGAGCCUGGAACGCUUGCUGGAAUCUAAACAAGAAGAACCUCAUCUGUUUGAAGAAGAAGGAGAGUAAAGCCCAGCUGGAAGUGCAGCGACUCCUCAAGGACUGCGAUAUGCUGAAAGAAGAGAUUCAGCUACAGGAGCAGAAUAGAAUGAGAGAAGAAAAACGUCUCAGGGAGAAGCUAAGAACACAGGAGGAGGCUUUGAGGGAACAUGACAAAUACAUGUUGAUGAUGUUUCUACAUGGGACUGCUCAGAGGAAUUUCCAACUAGAACACAUUGCACUGGAACAUGGAGACGUUAUGAUUGAAGAAGGGAAGAGAGAGAAGUGCACAGGAGGAACAGUAGGAAGGAAAGACACGGGGAGUGAGGAAGACCCCUGUGAGAAGGCCCGUGAGACAGAAGAGAAACAAACGUAA